AUGUCUAGCUCCGCAGGACAUCGCACGACCGUGCAUCAAGCAUCUACAUCUAUCGCCAUUUCUCCAAGUCCCACCUCGUGCACUCGUGGACAAGGUAGUAUAUCCCAAUCAAUGAUCCAGCUCUCUCAUGAACUUCAUAAUGGUUGCCUUCAAAGAGUGAUUCUCCGUUCCCUUUCUCGAAUGAUCGAUCCAAUGAAUAUUAUCCCUUUCCUCUGUCUGUUUCUGUACAUCCCAAUAUCUCUGGCGCAUCCUCCUCCGAGUCACACUCUUGAUUUUGCAAUAGAUCCUACUAUUACGGUGGGACAAUCUUUUCCAGCUACCUGGGGAUGGAAUGGUCUCGAAGGAUCUAUUUCUCAUUCUCUCAUCGUAAUGGUCGGUCAAAAGAUUACAACGACUUCCACUGCUAGUCCAGGUGUCAAAACCGGUGUGAUGCAGUUGCAAGUCUCUGAGAGUGGAUCAUAUCAGGCAACUCUUACUAUGAUGUUCCAAGGGACUACGACUUCACUGGGUCAAACGAACGCUAUCGGCUACAGUAUUUCUUCUCCGACUACAUCAGGAAGUUUUCCUCCAGCUGGUGGUGGAAUAACGCCACCGCUGAGUAUGCAACCCAUGCCGACUGUUCCAGCCUCUAGCGCCGCAACUUCAACUUACAGCAAUACACAAUCCAACAUGCCUCCACCAACACCAACCACAUCUCAAUCCAACAUAGUUGGUGUCAUCUUAGGCACGAUAUUUGGCUCCCUCUCCGCGUGUCUACUGUUUGCAAUACUGGCAUAUUGCAUAUGGCAACGUCGUAGUCGUAGACGAACCCUUCCCCGACGCAACACCCUUUCCAACCUGAGCUCGAAAGAGUUCUAUCCAGACCGAAUGACAGCCAAUGCUUUCCCAAGCAUUAAACACUUCCCAGGCCAAGAAGUCGACGAAGGAAAUUGGGAUGCUCAUACCGAAUCAUCACUAACUCCAUCAGAUUCAGCGUCGAGGGUCGUGUGGUCGUUUUCACAGGGGAAGAAGGCUCGACCACUGGCUACUUCUACAACGCUGACUGUGCAUACAGAAGAGAGUGUUACCACUGCAGCAAAUGACAAUGGAGAGUCCAAGUCCGAUGUGACAACGGAAUCCGGUCGAUAUUCCAGUGCUAACGCAGAUCUUCCAUUUAAGAUUCCAACGAUCAUGAUGACGGCUGCAACACCCUCUCCCCCAUCUACUACGGUAUCAUAG